AUGGAGCAUGAUGAUAUUUCACCACUGCAGCACUUUGUGGUGGCAAAGAGGACAAUCAGUGCUGUCUUUGAUCAGCUGCUGGAGUUUGUUCGAGAGGGAUCAGAUUUUGUAGAGGAAACAUGGAAGAGUGAGGAUCUAGAGCAUGUAGCGGGGGAGCACCAAUGUCUGCAGAUCCACGCCUGCUCCAGGAAACUCACCGUCAUAAAAGAUGUGUUAGCCCGCAGACAUAUGAAGGUGGCCUUCUUUGGCAGGACCAGUAAUGGAAAGAGUACAGUAAUUAAUGCUAUGCUAAGGGAGCGGGUUCUGCCUAGUGGAAUUGGCCACACCACCAACUGCUUCCUGAGUGUGGAGGGCACAGACGGGGAGCAUGCCUACCUUACCACUGAUGACUCAGAAGAGAGGAAAAGUAUAGAAACAGUCAAUCAGUUGGCUCACGCUCUGCACAUGGACUGGAAUCUAGAUUCUGGCUGUCUAGUCCGAGUAUUUUGGCCCAAAACUAAGUGUGCCCUGCUGAGAGAUGAUCUUGUCUUGAUGGACAGCCCGGGCACUGAUGUCACAUCAGAACUGGACAGUUGGAUUGACAAGUUCUGUUUAGAUGCUGAUGUCUUUGUACUUGUGGCCAACUCUGAGUCUACCAUUAUGAACACUGAGAAACACUUCUUCCACGAAGUAAAUGAGCGCAUAUCAAAGCCCAACAUUUUCAUCUUAAAUAAUCGCUGGGAUGCAUCUGUUUUAGAGCCUGAGUAUCUGCAAGAUGUGCGAAAGCAGCACAUGGAUCGCUGCAUCAGUUUCUUAGUUGAAGAACUGAAGGUAGUGGACCUUAACAAAGCACCUGACCGCAUAUUCUUUGUCUCUGCCAAAGAGGUGCUGAGUGCCAGGAUCCAGCACACCCAGGGAAUGCCAGAGACUGGCGGCACUUUGGCUGAAGGAUUCCAGGAGCGACUAAGGGAGUUCCAGAGUUUCGAGAGAACAUUCGAGGAAUUUAUCUCACAGUCUGCCGUGAAGACCAAAUUUGAGCAGCACACAAUUAGAGCCUGGCAGAUCACUGAGUCGGUCAAGGCUAUCAUGGAUGCCAUCAAUAUUUCUUCAGCAGAAAAGAAAGUGUUCUCAAUAGAGGAGCGAGAAGCUCUCAUGGACCGGUUAGAAUUUGUGCAAAAUCAGCUCAACUUCCUGACAGAGGACAUCAAAGACAAAAUAAAGGCCAUCACAGACAAUGUGGCUGCCAAGGUGUCCAAUGCCCUGGCAGAAGAGAUUCGUGGCCUGUCUGUUGUUGUGGAUGAAUUCUGCGCUGAUUUUAGCCCUGUCACGGACGCCUUAGCCCUGUACAAAACUAAACUCAUGGUCUAUGUUGAAGAGCGAAUGGUGAGGAAUUUGGACCUCCGCUGCUCCAGCAGUAUAAACGGCUGUGUGUUGUCAUCUCAGAGAGACAUCAUGGACACCAUACGACCUCUGCUGCCCCCUGCUGCCCGAGGUCAACUCCACCUCCCAAACAGGAACUUCAACAUGACCUAUGACCUGAAUUGCGCCAGCCUCUGCGCAGAUUUCGAGGAGGACAUUAAGUUUCAGUUCUCAUUGGGUCUUACAUCCUUGGUGAAUCGUUUCCUGGGGCCUGCUAAAGCAAGACAAGCUUUGAGCCUAUUGGACCAGCCAGUAAUACAAAGGAUUUGUACAUGUGCACAGGCCACCUCAUCCUCUACUCCCAUGAGAACCCAGGCCCAGCAGGAUUUGGCCAUCUCUAUGGCAACAGGGCUGGUCUCUCUCACUUCCAGAGCAUCUGUGGGAAUGUUGGUCAUCGCUGGGGUGGUGUGGCGUUCUGUGGGAUGGAGAGUCAUCGUUCUCUCUGUGAGUCUGUACAGUUUGCUCUACCUGUAUGAAAGACUCACCUGGACCAACGGCUCUAAAGAGAGAGCCCUCAAGCAUCAGUUUGUGGACUACACUACUCAUAGACUGCAAGCUAUCACCCAUAUCAUCAGCAGCAACUGUGGACAGCAGGUUCAACAGGAGAUGGUGGCCGUCUUCGCCCGCAUGUGCCAACAGGUUGACAAGAGUGAGAUGGAGCUUGAAACGGAGAUCCGCAGACUCAGUGCCAGAAUCCAGCGGCUGGAGAGCGUCCAGCGACACUCCAAAACUCUCAGGCACAAAGCCACUGAUCUUGAGUCACAACUGGAGUAUUUCUCAGCGCAUUAUCUACAGAUUCAACAUUAAGAGAGCAGAAAGUAUUCAUUGAGAGUUGGAUUAAGACGGUCCUCCAGUGUUGAGAGCUGGAACAACCGGUUUUUAUAAUGGCAUGUGUGCUGUAUGAAAAGAUCCAUUUAGUCCAGAUGAUUUAUUUUAUAGUGAGCCAUGGCAAUGAUAAAUGGUUAGUAGACAUGAUAUAACUUUGUAAAGUUGACAUGUCUGACGUGUUACGUAAAGUCCAUCUGAAAUUUGCAUUUUGAUUAUUCUUUAAGAAUUUUGCAUGUAGAGCAUCAUUCAUAUUGAGAUUAAAUGUAAUAUUCAUACUUCGUAUGAUACAUCAUUCAUAGUAAAAAUGUAUUCAUCACACCACAGGACCAACUAAAAUAAACUAUUGAAAGAAAAGAUGAAAGAAGAAGAAAAAAAUUAAAACUGGUGAAGAAAUAAUGGCCAGUUGCAGGUCCUAAGAUAUAUAUACUUUUCCUUGAUGUUGAUAAAACAAAAGUCCAUAGCACGAUGAGAAAUUAGUACCAUUUACAAGAAAACAAUGCCCUUGAUGAAAAGCCUUUAUUGAUUAUGAGAACAAAUAGUAACAGGUGUCACUGCCACUGUACAAAUACAAAAAAACUCUGGUGUUAAAAAAAGAAAAGACUUAAAAAUAUUCCACAGCAAGUGAUCAUUGUUUUCUGAACCAAUGUCAUGAAAUAAAACAAAUCUGUUUUCAAUAACAAAGACAUUAAAGUAAAUUAAGACAAAUGUGUGUUAGAGUCAAGAGGUUUUGUCUUCUGAUUUUGUCCAACGUGUCAGACAGUACCACCAAAAACAAAAAACAAAAAAACAAAAACAGAAUUACUGAAUAAGAGAAUCAAAAACGAAAUCAUUUGGUUUUAAUCAGAUAGUUAUGGCAUCUAAAGGACCAUCCAUAUGCUUUUUGUCCAGUGGCGGAUUGGGGUGGGGGGUUAGGACACACACAGACAAGUGGGCACCCUGAACUCCACAGUCAUCUCAUUUACAAUCACUCCCCCCCAUCCCCGUCAACAACUUUUGUCCAUCGCUAAACCAGCAAAGAUGAUUGAUUUGGUCAUUUACAGGCACUCUGAACUUUUAAAAGGGAGUCUAUCGCUGAAAUCUAGAUAAAAUACAUCAAAACCACUAUGAAUUAUUUAAACCACAACUUGUGUUUAGGGUUGAGAGAAAGUCUGUUGUUAAUAUGAUUUAAAGAUUGCACUUGGGUUAUCAGAGUACUGUUCGUAAGUAUGUUGUGCCAUAUUGUAACAAGUUAAAACGAAUGCAAACACACAAACAAUAUGUUGCUUUUUGCUUUGACUCUAGUGUACUUUCUUUUUAGAAAUGAGGUCAGGUCAUUUCUUUGUUGUGAUCACAUGAUUGACAUGAAUUACUGCAAUGAGGAAAUCUGCUUCAGGGUUUCAGUGAAGUAAUUUCGUUAUGUUUGGUAGCGUAACCACCUCAGCAAAAAAACCAUGGCCUAGUUCCAAUUCAGAAAAAUCAGGCUCUCGCUCAACCUCCUCUAACAAUGAGGCCUGCACGUCGGAAAUUGGGGGGGGCCUUAUUUUUUUGAAAAUAUAAAUAUUCAGAGCUCAUGUCAUAGAUUAUUCCGCCUGUGUACUGUAAACAAAACAAAUGCUGAUUGAGAAAGAUUUGAAUAUACCUGAAGCCGCAUUUUUUGUUACAUAACACUUUUAAAAGUUCUAACAAUAAUUUUCACAGUUGUUCAAUUCGUUCACACGGAUUCAGUUUCUUGCCAAGUUUUUACUUCAUAAAGGCCAAUCUACUGAGCAGGAUUAGUUCAACCAAAAAUGCUAAUUCUGUGAUCAUUUACUGACUCUAUUUUCGUUCUAAACCCAUUUGACUUUCUUUCCACUGAGAAACACAAGUGGCUUUGCACUGUAAAACGGCACACUGAAAGUGAAUGGUGAGGCUAAUAUUCUGCCCAACAUCUAUUGUGUUGCUCAAAAGAAAUCCAGUCAUACGAGUAAAUGCUGACAGAAUUUUCAUUUUUGGGUGAACCAUCCCAAACAAACAGUAAAAUAAAAAAAAAUAAAACAAAAAGAGGGUAAUUUUGUAAACUGUAUUAAGGAAGCAAGCUGAUUUCUGAAGUCAGUGGACUGUGACCUCACUAGCACAGUGUUUGAUCUUAUCCAUAGGAUAAGUCUCAGUUAGCUAGCUGAAAUAUCCAUAGGAUAGUAUGUAGCUUACUCCUCCAGGUUGAACUUCAGAGAGCACUUAACUUGUCAAUUAGAAAAUAAAA